AUGGUCAGCUCCUGUUGUGGCUCUGUCUGCUCUGACCAGAGCUGUGGCCAAGACCUCUGCCAGGAGACCUGCUGCCACCCCAGCAGCUGCCAGACCUCCUGCUGCAGGACCACCUGCUGCCGCCCCAGAUGCUGCAUCUCUAGCUGCUGCAGGCCCCAGGGCUGCCAGUCUGUGUGCUGUCAGCCCACCUGCUGCCGCCCCAGAUGCUGCAUCUCUAGCUGCUGCAGGCCCCAGGGCUGCCAGUCUGUGUGCUGCCAGCCCACUUGCUGCCACCCCAGAUGCUGCAUCUCCAGUUGCCACCACCCUUCCUGGAACAGCUCCAGCUGCUGCCACCCCUCUUGCUAUGGCUCCCGCUCCUGUGGCUCCAGCUGCUGCCUGCGCCCAGUCUGUGGCCGGGUCUCCUGCCACACCACUUGCUAUCGCCCCACCUGUGUCAUCUCCACCUGCCCCCGCCCCGUGUGCUGCCCUUCUUCCUGCUGCUGA